GAAGUUUCAUUCACAAUGGGAAGCAGUAGUGUACUACUUCGCUCUUCCCCAUUAUUCUUCCCUCGUUUUUCUUCGACCGCAAUUAGAAGGCUGAAUUCUUCGUUUUGCCCUCCUCAAUCCGUCAUACCGGCUUCCGAUCAAAUUCGCGGCGGCGGCGGCGAUUUCUCAUGGGACGACGUCGUUCGGUUAUCCCAAACGCGGCAGCACGAUGACUCCUCUGACCUCCGUGGCUUCUUCGAGAAAGUGACGCUCUGCAAUCGCAAUUCCGAGAAGCAGUGCGAGUUUAUCCCUUUCGUAAUUGACGAACACAUCGUUGGCUAUGUUCACAACGGCAGAUUUGCUCAUCAUUUGAGGAGAUAUAAAGAUGUAUUCGCAUUCCCCGAGGACCCUUCCUAUGGCGGCAAUUUUGGAUGCCAUGUGGCGUUACACCCGCUGCUGAGUGCACCAGAGGACAGGACAGAAGCUGUUGGACAUGUAGUCAAGUGCUUGGGUGAAGAUGUUAUUCCUGGAAUUCGAAAUGAGCUCUAUCCUGUUACAUCUUCUUUUGGGGAACCGGAAUUUUUCUCACUGGAACGUGCUGCGGCACCAUACUUUGGAAUAAAGGCUUACGGGGUUCAUAUGGUUGGCUAUGUUGAAAGAGAGAACCAGAAAUAUCUAUGGGUAGGAAAGAGAAGCAAACUAAAACCCACAUAUCCUGGGAAACUCGAUCAUCUAGUUGCUGGAGGGCUGCCUCAUGGAAUAUCCUGUGGGGAGAAUCUUGUGAAGGAAUGUAAAGAAGAAGCUGGAAUACCAAGAUCACUUUCCAGCAAAGCCACAGCAGUUGGAGCUGUAUCUUACAUGGACAUCAACGGCUAUAGACUGAAGAGAGAUGUUCUUUUCUGUUACGAUCUAAACCUUCCGGAAGACUUUGUUCCUGCUAACGAGGAUGGAGAAGUGGAGAGCUUUAAACUACUCCCUGUUACACAAGUUGCAAAUAUCAUAAGAAACACAAGUUUUUUCAAAGAAAAUUGCAAUCUCGUCAUCAUCGAUUUUCUGUUUCGUCAUGGAUAUAUUAAGCCUGAAAGCUUAGGAUAUCUGAAGCUGCUGCAGAGUCUGAGGAGUGGAGAUUGCACCUAAAGCUUUUCCAUUGUGAAAUAGAGAAAGCAGCUGGUCGAGUGGGUAACAAACGACCCGAAACUCGAGCCCACUAUGCAAUGCCAGGCCGGUCCGUACACCUUGUCAAAUUCCUGUUAACAAAAUUACAGAUACACAUUUAAACACGGUUCCAAACAUUUCCUUCAUAACUAGUGACCGAUUUUUUUUUUUCCGUCUUUUCGUCGCUAAAUAGAAGCUCCUUGUUGCAGUUUGGAUUAGAAGAAGAAUAUUAAGUUCGGUUUUGUAUAAUAAUUUCCUGAGAUGGAGACCAGUAGCACAUGAUUUGGGAAUAAUAGUUCACUAUUAGCACA